GAUGUUUCGAUGGAUGACGAGCAACAGCAGUUAUCGAAAAAAACAAAUCGAGCAGCUAUCGCUAGUCAACGGUCACACUGGCGCACAAAAUCCAACCAGUUGACAGACCCAAGCACAAUCAGCUGUUUUUAGUCGCGUAAUAAUUUAGUUGAAUUAAAUAUGCUAAAAACGCCCAUUUUCCGCUUGAUACGCGAUCAACGUUUAAGCGUGCCUAUUUUGCGUGGUUUUCAUCACGAAUUUACCAAGCCAGAGCCGAAAGCUGCCAAGCAACAGACUGAGAGCACAAAUCAGUCAUUUGUCGCUGGCGGCGUGCAAAAUAAAUAUAAAAUAUUUCGCGACGAGGAAGCCACUGAAAUUUUCGAUGUGGACGAGUUGCGCUACCAGGAAAAUGAGCUGCCCCCCGAAGCCGAACAGGAUCAGUACUUGGGACUCAAUUUGAAGAGAGGCAUUCGUGGCGUAUUUGAUGUUGAGGAUCUAGUGGAGCUGUUGCGCAAGGAGAAUGUCGACGACAUCUUUGUAUGCUAUGUGCCCGAAGAGUUAAAGUAUGUGGAUCAUCUCGUCGUUUGCAGUGCACGAAGCUAUCGUCAUAUGCUCGCCACAGCAGAGUUUGUCCGCCGCAUGUUCAAAAUAAAACGGUCGAAGGGAGAUCUGCUGCCCCGCAUCGAGGGCGAGAAGAGUCGCGACUGGAUGGCCAUGGAUUUGGGCAACAUUGCGCUGCACAUAUUCUCGCCCAAGGCACGCGAGAAUUAUGAUCUGGAAUCGUUGUGGGCAAUUGGACCGCAAUACGAUCCGGAAAGUCAAAAGCCACACAAUCCGCUCGGCAACAUAUUCUUGGCCAAGCCGGAAACGUAGCCAGCCUUGCUGAACGAAUAAAGUUAAUGUGUCUAUUUUAAGAAA